GUGUAGGAGGGGGCUGUGUGAAGGAGACACGCACACUGCGGAGUCCAGGCGAGGAGAGGGACGCUGACAAGGAGCACAGAGGACAGCGGGACCACCGAGACUCACCGAGCGAGACGCACUGACUGAGACAAGCAGCGCUGCGUCGCGAGCCGCUACAUCCGGACUGACCGACCCGACCGACUGAGCCACUGACUGACGGACCGACGGACCGACGGACGCACCACCAUGCUGGCCGUGCGCUCGCUCCUCCGCGCCCGAGUCCGGAGAGCCGUGCUGGUGGCGGGGCUCCUGUGCGCGCUCUGCUCGGCUCAAGAUGACUCGCCCCCCUCUCCUUCAGCCUCGCCGCCGCCGCCGCCAUCUUCAGCUGGGGGUGUCCAAGGGCAGAACACGCGCGAGUCGCUGUCCAGGGGACAGGGUCUGCUGGAGGCCGUACUGGCCCAAGGGGACCACCUCCUCGCCCAGAAGGGGGCGGUCUUCCCCACCGCCCUGCCCGCCGACCUGCUGCCCUUCCUGCCUAAGGAGCUGGGCGCCAGGGUCCUUCCGCCCGAGGACGAGAUCAGGAGGAAGUUGGGACUGCACCGCGGUAACGGGCCACCGGUCACCUCGGCCCCCGUUGAGGACACGACACGGACCCCAGAGCCUCCAACGCCGUCGUCCGUCUCAACGACAGACCCCUCGGGGGCCCCGCACCGCGGUCACGGGCCCUUAUUCGCGACGGUUGUCACGACGACCAUUGGUACGGACACCGACACAAACUCGCGUGCCUCAGUGGCGCCACGCUGCACGGUCAACUUCACGGACCCCGAGGGUUACAUAGACUCGUCGGACGACCCCCCCCUCCCAAAUGGCGCCUUCCUGCAGUGCACCUACACCGUGACCGUCUACAGGGGUUACGGGGUGGAGCUACAGGUGAAGAACGUGAACCUGUCGGAGGGCGAGCAGCUGUCCAUCAGGGGGGUCGACGAGGGCGGGGCUCCGCUCGUCCUGGCCAACGAAACGCUGCUGGUGGAGGGCCAGGUGAUUCGCAGCCCAACAAACACCAUCUCCGUGUUCUUCCGCUCCUUUCCGGAGGGAGGUUCCGGAAACUUCCAGCUGCACUACCAGAUUUUCAGGCUGAGCUGCUCCCUGCCCCGACGGCCCCACUUCGGCGAGGUGUCGGUGCUCGACCUCCACCCCGGAGGCACGGCCCGUUUCCACUGCCACAUGGGGUAUCACCUGCAGGGGGCGCCGGUGCUCACUUGCAUCAAUGCCUCCCUGCCCAUCUGGAGCUCCCGAGAACCUGCCUGCCGAGCUCUCUGCGGGGGAUCCGUGAAGAACGCCACAGUAGGGAGAGUGCUGUCGCCCUCACCCCCCUCCAGCGCCAAUGGAACCCAAGGUCGCAGCUGCUCCUGGUCCCUGGAGGCUCCUGCUGGCCAGAGGCUGCAUCUGCACCUCGAGAGGAUGGUCCUCGGACCCACAGACAGGCUCGUACUGUGGAGUGGGCUGGACGCAGGCUCCGUGGUCCUGUUCGACUCGGGCCGGGGCACCCCCAUCCCCUUCGAGGGUGUGAUCAGCGAGGGUCCGUCCGUCCGGGUCCAGUUCAUCACCGACAUUCCCAGCCACACCACCAGCUUCAACAUCCGCUACGAGGCCUUCGAGAAGGGCCACUGCUACGAGCCCUACAUCCAGAAUGGGAACUUCACCACUUCGGACCCCGGGUACGGCGUGGGGACAGUGGUCCAGUUCAGCUGUGAUGCGGGCCACUCCCUGGAACAAGGGCCCCCCGUCAUCGAGUGCAUCAACGCCCGGGACCCCUACUGGAACGACACGGAGCCGCUCUGCAAAGCGCUCUGUGGGGGGGACUUGUCCGGCCCCAGUGGGGUGAUCCUGUCUCCCAACUGGCCCGAGUGGUACGGCGAGGGGGAGGACUGCAGCUGGAGGAUCCACGUGGGAGAAGAUAAGCGUGUUCUCCUGGAUGUGCAGCUGCUGAACCUGAGCAACAGCGACAUGCUGACCAUCCUGGACGGGGACGAGGUCACGACCCGUAUCCUGGGUCAGUACGUCGGGGGUACGAGCCCCUUCAAACUGUCCUCCUCUUCUCCCGACCUCACCAUCACCUUCCACUCGGACCCCGCCGGGCUGGUCUUCGGCAAGGGGGAGGGCUUCAUCAUCAACUACAUGGAGGUGUCCCGAAAUGACUCGUGCCCGGACCUGCCCGAGAUCCAGAACGGCUGGAAGACCACGUCCCACACGGCGCUGGUGAGGGGGACCCGCAUUACCUACCAGUGCGACCCUGGAUAUGACCUGGUGGGCAGGGAGACCCUCACCUGCCAGCUGGACCUCAGCUGGAGCACCCAGCCCCCCUUCUGUGAAAAGAUCAUGUACUGCACGGACCCCGGCCACGUGGAGCACUCGACCCGCUCUCUCUCGGACCCCAAGCUGCUGGUCGGAACCACCAUCCAGUACAGCUGCAAUCCCGGCUUCGUCCUGCAGGGCAGCGCUAUUCUCACUUGCUACGGACGUGAGCCUGGAACCCCGGUGUGGACGUCCCGCUUGCCCCACUGUGUCUCCGAGGACUCCGUCUCGUGCGAGAACCCCGGGCUCCCUGAGAACGGCUACCAGAUCCUGUACAAGCGUCUCUACCUGCCGGGAGAGUCGCUCACCUUCAUGUGCUACCAGGGGUACGAGCUCAUCGGGGAGAUCACCAUCAAGUGCAUUCUGGGAAAUCCGUCCUUCUGGAGCGGCCCCCUCCCGCUGUGCCACGCAAACCACGACUGCUUUGAAAACCAUGCUCUCGAAGUUGCAGAGGCAGCAGCAGACUCCUCCUUCGAUGGAGGGAACAUGGCUCUCGCCAUCUUCAUUCUGGUCCUUCUGCUGUCGGUGCUGCUUGGGGGGGCUUAUGUCUACGUCACAAGGUGCCGCUACCAUUCCAACUUGCGCCUGCCCCUGAUGUACCCCCACCCCUACAGCCAGAUCACCGUGGAGACGGAGUUUGACAAUCCUCUCUAUGAGACUGGAGGGGAGACGAGAGAAUACGAAGUGUCAAUAUGAGGAACCUCUCCGCCCUAGAGGACUUUCCCUGACUCAGCCUCUCCCCAGUUGAUGUACAUACCCCUGACACGUUCGACGCCCUUCUCCCCCGACCCCCCGCAAUGCCCGCCUCAUGAAUCUGUCCGCCAGGCACACAUCAGCCCCCCCAGGGCUCCCCAGACACAGACGAAAGAAAAAGAAGGAAAGAGGGAACGAGAGAUGGACAGCAGGGAAGCAUUGCUCGCUCAGGAGGAGGACCCGCCGCCACGGGCGCGAGACUCGAGAGGUCGCAGGUCACGGAAAGGGGCCUGCGCGUGCGGAGGCUGGAGGGAUGGAGGGAUGGAGGGAUGGAGGGAGGGAGGCCGCGAGUCUUUGCGGGGAGGGCUGGCAGUAAGCGGAGCCGGGGGCCGCCGAAGCCCCGUCCCGCAGCCGCCGUCCCGCGUAGAGACGAGUUCCGCGGGAGGCCGAGGCCGAGGCCCGGGACCCGCGCGGGCCACGCGAGCGCAGCGCACGGGCACGGAGCGCCGCCACACCUCUUGUGUCCGCAGUGCGCUCUUUUACUUUGUUUUAUUCAAUUCGUUCAUUAACUAUCGCUGUUAUUACUGUUAUUACCUCUUUUGUGGCGGAGUGAAAAGGACAAGCUGGCGUGUCCCUUUUUGUCCCAUAGAGACACGGGUCGAGAGGAUGCUCUGUGACUGUUUAUUCCUUCUUCCACCCUCUGCCUGCUGUCAUUUGUACAGCUUUGUACUUCUCUUGUUUUUGGUACUCGUACUACAUUAUCGGUGGUCGAUCCUUUAUUUCCCCUCUUCAGCGAGUGUAGAAAUCCACACCAGAUGGAUGGAUAAUUUAUUUUGAUGUAUAUGUGCUGUUUUAUGCCGAGUAAUGUACAUUUUCAUUCAAAAUGAACAUGUUACAGAUUUCCCUAA